AUGCCUUCGACAUACAGCAAGGUCAAAGAGCUGACCACAGCAUCGAUUGCCCGGGUUCUAACAGCCUUGGGCUACCUCAGUGUCUUCCUACUAUCCUUCACAAUCAAUCGCGCUUUCUUGGCCUCCGCAGUUCUUCCGCUCUACCUUUUGAGUAUCGCAUAUAGCGUCUUGCCUACGAUUCUGUGGAAUGCACCGCAGCUACUACUUCCGAACAGAUGGAGAGCGCUUAUGAAAGAUGCGGAACAAUACCGACAGCGGGCAGACGCGCUAGCUCGAUCGCAGCUGGAGGGAAAGUACAGGUUCAAAGAAGACGAGAUCAUCCGGACCGACCAAAAAGGCAAAGAAUGGAUGGCGGAUAUGCCAUGGAGGGACAACGUGGAGGAGUUUAACGUAUGCGGCGCGACGGCCCGAUACGUUCAUCUGAAGCCGAGUUAUCGCAGCAUCGCAACGGAUAACAAGGCCUCCCACCGUCCGAUCGUCUUUCUGCAUGGGAAUCCAAGUUGGAGCUAUAUGUGGAGAAAUGUAUUUCCCGCGCUUGUGGAACGAGGACACGAGGUAUAUGCACUGGACUGGCUCGGACAUGGUCGCAGUGACAAGAUCACCCGUCCGGAAGCCAUCACCUUUGAGCUACACAUGCGUACCUUGCAGCAAUUCUUCGAAUCCACUGGUCUUGAGAAUGCUACUCUCGUGGCUCACGACUGGGGAGGCUGUGUCGCUCUAUGCACACUACCUCGCCUUCCGUCAUCAGCCUGCACCGGUCUUUUCUUAUUGAACUCCUUCCUUCCUCCCCGCCUCAGCGAGAUAAGCAUGCAUCACGCCAUUCUAUACGCAAUUUGGUUCAUGACAACCAGGAUUCUCGGCGGGCGCACCCCCGAAUCCGCAGUCAUGCGAUUCAUGUCUCCAAGUAUCUCACAGAAAGACGUCAUCGGCUACGCAGCGCCUUACAGGAAUCUCCCCGCAAAAUCCAAGUCCAGCAUCUGCCGCUUCUCGCAUAUGGCCCCUGCUACACCCCGCGUAGUCCUGACAAGUCUCCGAUACACUUGGCUGUGGAAACUAGUCGAGGGCCUCGCAGGACCGUCCAACUUUGAUAACCUCAAUGUUCAGGCGCGACUUUCCGUUCGCGACGACGAGAUCCGGGGCUUCUGGAAAUCUAGCGAGAGAGCGCGCCAGUUGGAAGUUGCUGUUGUUUUUGGGGAGAAGGAUCCGUUGUUGAAAGACUGCAAGGAUCUUCUUGUGCGUGCUAUUGAUUCGCGGGUCAUGGUUGACUGGGCCCCUCAUGGGAUUUGGCUAGAUGGUGCUGGUCAUUAUCCGGCUGAGGAGAAGCCGAAAGCGGUUGGUGACUUGAUUGCCAGACUUGCGAGACAUCGUGAACCUACGGUGCUGCGGAGGUAA